AUGCACUGGGUCAUUGCAACUAUCAUCGAUAUUGAUUCCUGCCUGGGCUCUUGGACAACUGCCAAAGGUUUUACUGGCAGAGCCUGUGAUCAAGAUGUGAAUGAAUGCUCCAUUGGAGCUAAUCCAUGUGAGCAUUUUGGCAAAUGUGUUAACACACAAGGCCCCUUCCAGUGCCAGUGUGGACGUGGUUAUACAGGUCCACGCUGUGAGACAGACAUCAAUGAAUGCCUCUCCAUGCCUUGCCAGAAUGAUGCUACCUGCCUUGACCGUAUUGGAGAGUUCACAUGCAUCUGCAUGUCAGGUUUCAGUAGUACUUACUGUGAGAUAAAUAUCAGUGAGUGUGAAAGCAAUCCCUGUGUCAAUGGGGGUGUCUGCAAGGAUAUGGUCAAUGGGUUCAGUUGCACCUGCCCCUCAGGCUUCUCAGGUUCUAUGUGCCAAAUAGACAUUGAUGAGUGCCCCAGCACCCCAUGCCAGAAUGGUGCCAAGUGUGUGGAUAGGCCCAAUGCUUAUGAAUGCCAUUGUACAAAAGGUUUUGAAGGGGUUUUGUGUGAAAAAAACAUAGAUGACUGCUCCCCAGAUCCUUGCCAUCAUGGCAAUUGUGUAGAUGGCAUUGCCAGCUUUACUCAUAUAUGUGUGGCUGGUUACACUGGGUAUCGCUGUGAGAACCAGAUCAAUGAGUGCCACAGUAAUCCCUGUCAGCACGGAGGCAAAUGUAUUGACCUAGUAAAUAAGUACCUCUGCCACUGUCAGCCAGGGACCUCAGGUGCUAACUGCGAGAUAAAUUUUGAUGACUGUGCCAGCAAUCCUUGUGACUAUAGGAACUGCCGUGAUGGCAUCAAUCGUUACGACUGCAUCUGCAAACCUGGCUUCACAGGUCCUCUAUGCAACAUAGAGAUUGAUGAUUGUACACCUAAUCCUUGCCUGAAUGGUGGCAGCGAUGGGAUUCGAACCCACGCCCCCGAAGAGACUGGAGCCUCAAUCCAGUGGACAUGGAUGCCCCGUUCGUGA